CGGCGGGGAGAGGCGGCACUUGUUGCUCCCGAGCGUUUAGUUUGAGUUUAACCCAGAGAAUUCACGCUUUAGGGCCGUGACUUCAAACGUCCUUUCUUCCAGUGCAGUCUCUAUAGGAAAACAUCACCGCUUCCCUAUCUGGUGGUUUUCAGCUUUUUGUAGUCACUUCUCCUAGGGUUUAGUUGCUAGUUGCAUCAAACUCCAGGUGAAGUGAUUGCUGUCUGCUGCUGGUGCAGUGGUGGGGGAUAUGGUACAGCAGCAGCUAGGAGUAACAGAUCUCCCCUGCAUGACUGGGAACGGCAUCUUUCUGGAAAGUGUUGCAGUCUGAACAGAGAGUGAUGACAAGAACUGAGAGAAACGAAAGGUCAGUUUCUCAUAGAUCACAUCUGCAACUAUUACAGCUUGCUGGAAAAGGAUUAUUUUGGCAUUCGAUAUGUUGACCCUGAGAAGCAGAGGCACUGGCUUGAGCCCAGCAAGUCUAUCUUCAAGCAAAUGAAAUCUCAUCCACCAUAUACCAUGUGCUUUAGAGUGAAAUUCUACCCUCAUGAACCCUUGAAGAUUAAAGAAGAGCUCACCAGAUACCUCUUAUACCUACAAAUAAAAAGGGAUAUUUUCCAUGGCCGGUUGCUGUGUUCUUUUUCUGAUGCUGCCUACCUAGGUGCCUGCAUUGUCCAAGCUGAACUUGGUGAUUACGAUCCUGAUGAACACCCAGAGAAUUAUAUGAAUGACUUCAAGAUUUUUCCCAAACAGUCACAAAAGCUUGAGAAGAAAAUAGCUGAAAUACAUAAAAAUGAAUUCAGAGGUCAGAGCCCAGCUGUUUCUGAAUUUAAAUUGCUCCUGAAAGCACAUUCAUUAGAAACUUAUGGUGUUGAUCCUCAUCCUUGCAAGGACUCAACGGGAACAACUACGUUUUUAGGAUUCACAGCUGCAGGAUUUGUAGUUUUUCAGGGGAACAAACGAACUCAUUUGUUAAAAUGGUGUGAUGUCUACAAGCUGAAAUUUGAAGGGAAGACUUUCUAUGUGUUUGGAGCUCAGAAAGAGAAAAAGGCUGUACUGACAUUCCAUACCUCAACACCAGCAGCCUGCAAGCAUCUUUGGAAGUGUGGGGUGGAGAACCAGGCUUUUUACAAGUAUGUAAAAUCUAGCCAGAUCAAGACCAUGUCCAGCAGCAAAAUAUUUUUUAAAGGCAGCAGAUUUCGCUAUAGUGGAAAGGUAGCCAAAGAGGUGGUGGAGGCAAGCUCUAAAAUCCAGAGGGAACCCCCGGAAGUUCACAGAACCAGCAUUACGCAGAGUCGUAGCUCUCCCUCCCUGAACAAGCAACUCAUAAUUAAUAUGGAACCUCUGCAGCCACUUCUUCCUUCUCCAUGUGAGGAAGAAGAGGUUCCUUUAGAUGAAGACAUCCAACUGCCAAAGGAAGAUGAGAUUUCAGUUCCUGUGACUUCCAGCUCCCCAGUUAAAAACACUGGAGACAAUACUGACCAUGCCAUCAAGCAGGAAGAGAAGAUGAAAGAGGAACCUUUAACGAUCUCAGAACUUGUAUACAAUCCCAGUGCCAGCUUGCUGCCCACCCCAGUUGAUGAUGAGAUUGACAUGCUCUUUGAUACCUGUCCAAGAGCAGAGAAUGAAAAAGAUGAUACAGAUUCAUUUGAGGAACUGGAAGCAGAUGAAAAUGCCUUUAUGAUUGCCGAAGAAGAAGAGUUGAAGGAAGCUCGAAGAGCGCUUAGGUGGAGCUAUGAUUUUCUAAUGAGCAACAUAGAGGUGAAUGCUUUUGUGAAGAGUUUCUCCAGACUUCUCCUUGUAGGCCUUGGACUGUUGUUGCUUGUGUUUCCUCUUCUCCUUGUUCUCUUGGAGUCAGACCUUCAGAUCUCUUUUCUCCACGAAAUCCGUCAGACACCAGAGUUUCAGCAGUUUCAUAUUGAAUAUUACUGCCCACUUAGGCAGUGGGUGGCUUGCAAAAUAAACUUCAUUUGUGACAUUCUGGGCAGCUUUUAAAUUUUAAAGAAAAAAUCAUACUACUAAGGGCUGUAUUCAAAAUUUCAGUUAGUGCCAGCUUUCCAUGCUGCCCCCAGGCCCAUCAGUAGGUAGCUGUCUUCAUAUUCAGUUGUAAUCAUGCUGGUCAGGAUCUUAAGUUCCCUUUGCCCACUUAAAUUGCUCCUUUAGGUACGGGGUUAUAAAUUCACCUUUCAUUAACUCACAAGAAUGUUUAUUUUAAUUGCAUUUCAGUUUUUCUUCUCACUUAUUACAUCAUACAUCAUGGGGCAGUGAUAAGGUAAUCACCCUUAAUUGUAGUAUCCAUUACACUAAAACUGGAAGAAAAACUUUUUUGAAUAUACUCCUUAGUGCAGCAAUCUCUUCUAACCAAUGCCUAUGCCUAUACAAGCAAUGUUUAUGCUGGGUUUUUGGUUUGGUUUGGUUUGGUUUUCUGUUUGUUUGGUUUUUUUACAAUUUUACGUGUUUAAAAUAUUUUCUUAAAUUUUUAGCAAAAGAUAAUUUCUGACCUUAUUUAAAUGUGUACAGAUUAGUAUGAAUAAUGCACAAGAACAUGAAGUUUAUUUUUAGUGUUUUAGCAAUGAUUUGUUUUUAAACUACUGGCUGGAGAACGAAUGAGAUUGAAAUAGCUCUGUAAGAGGGACAGCGGUUUGGGAAAUAUAUAGGAAGUUCACUCAGGUUCAGUAGAGGCUGCCUGGGGGAGGUUAAAUGCCACCAAGUUUUCAGAAGCAUUUCUGAAAGUCUUAGUUGUAAAGCUUCUGUAAAGAGCAGAAUUGAAAACAAUGAUCCUUCCUGUUACGUCAGUUUGUCUUAGGAUUUAUCAGUGCUUUAGGAAGUCUCUAUAUGGUAGUCCAAGUAUGUUUUGGAACAGAGUGAGUCUUCAGUCUAAAUGUAGAUUAUUG